AUGCAGCCACGACAUCACAAACAGAAACAACAAAAUCAAAACAACAACGCAAAUGUAAAAGAAGCAGAAGCAGAAGCAGAAAUUGAAUCAAAAAAGAGGAGGAUACCUUGUGGUGACACCGGAGGUAGGCAAGCAUCGCGCCAGAAUUCCACGCCUUCAAUCAGAGAUUUGGGGAAGGUUAAAGGGGCGAUGGUGGCCACAGAGAUGCUCGUCGGAAUUUACGUCAGAGAAGAAGAAGAGAGGAAGAGAUCUGAGUUUCGCCAAAAACGGCGCCGUCGAAGAAAGGAAAAAGUUAUUGUAACCCUCCCUAAUCACGAUCCCUUUCUUUAA